AUGCCUGGAGAAAUCAUAGAUAGACCAAAUCCUCAAGCUUUGAAUUCCAAUAUACCCGGUUCGGCAACGAGGACUCGAGGGAAUUUCGUAGAGCUAGCAAUUACAUUGCUGCUGGUUAAGCAAUGCAAAAAGAAAUAUCACUAUACCCAAGCUAACAUCUUCAUAGCUAUGAUUUUCCUUUCUGAUAAUGCUUAUUUGGAAAGAGAUCUCACAUUUGAUGAUAUAAAACCAAGACUUUUGGGUCAUUGGGGAACAUGUCCUGGUCUUACUUUGGUGUAUGCUCAUCUCAACUAUCUCACUAAAAAGAAUGAUCUUGACAUGAUAUAUGUUGUUGGACCUGGUCAUGGAGCUCCAGCAAUUCUUUCUUCCCUUUGGUUAGAAGGCACUUUGGCAAAAUUCUAUCCCAAAUAUUCCAACAAUAAACAAGGUCUUCAUAACCUCAUUACUGGUUUCAGUACCCCUUCUGGAUUUCCUUCUCACAUCAGUGCCGAAGUUCCAGGUUCUAUCCAUGAAGGUGGAGAACUUGGAUAUGCUCUUUCGGUAGCUUUUGGUGCGGUGAUGGAUAAUCCAGAUUUGGUAGUUGCGUGUGUAGUCGGUGAUGGUGAAGCUGAAUCGGGCCCAACAGCUACUGCAUGGCAUGCAGCUAAAUAUAUUGAUCCAGCGGAAUCUGGUGCGGUUAUUCCAAUUGUUCAUGUGAAUGGUUUCAAGAUUUCUGAGAGAACUAUUUAUGGUUGUAUGGAUGAUAAGGAAUUGGCAUCUUUAUUUACUGGUUAUGGAUAUCAAUGUCGAUUUGUUGAGGAUUUAGAAGAUAUCGAUCGUGAUAUGGCAACAAGCUGCCAGAUCUGGAAAGCCAAUUAUGAAACCAAGAUAAUCAUCAUGAGAACACCUAAAGGAUGGAGUGGUCCAAAGAUUGUUGAUGGAGAAUAUGUUGAAGGGUCAUUCCAUGCCCAUCAAGUUCCUCUCAUGGCCGUCAAAUCGAAUAAAGAUCAACUUGCUGACCUCCAAAAAUGGCUUUUAUCAUAUGGACCAGCCAAAUUAUUCACGGAAUCUGGUGAUGUUGUUGACUCCUAUGGUGUUGAAAAAGGAACAGAAGUUUUCUUGCAUGAAGCCAUUGGUGAUCUUAUUGAUCAAACUUUGGUUGAUAAUCCAAAAUCCCUUCGACUUUUCUCUCCAGAUGAACUUGUCAGUAAUAAACUUGACGCAGUCUUUAAGCAUACAGGACGUGAUUUUCAAUGGGAUGAAUUUUCACAUGCUCAAGGUGGAAGAGUUAUUGAAAUUCUUAGUGAACAUACAUGUCAAGGUUUCCUUCAAGGAUAUACUCUCACGGGACGUACUGGAAUCUUCCCAUCUUAUGAAUCCUUCCUUGGUAUAAUUCAUACCAUGAUGGUUCAAUAUAGCAAUUCAACAAAAAUGGCUCGCGAAACCCGUUUCAGAGCUGAUCUCUCAUCUCUCAAUUACAUCGAAACCAGUACAUGGACCCGUCAAGAACAUAAUGGAUUCUCGCAUCAAAAUCCUUCAUUCAUCGGUGCAGUCCUAAAUCUCAAACCAACAGCUGCAAGAGUUUAUUUACCACCCGAUGCAAAUACUUUCCUCUCAACAAUCGCCCACUGUCUCAAAUCAACCAACUACAUAAACCUAAUGGUUGGAUCCAAACAACCUCAACCCGUCUUCCUCAGUCCCGAAGAAGCAAACAAACAUUGUCAAGCCGGUGCUUCGAUUUGGAAAUUCUGCAGCACAGACGAUGGACUUGAUCCGGAUGUCGUUCUCGUAGGAAUCGGUUCCGAACUCAUGUUUGAAGUUGUGGUUGCCGCUGCCUUGCUCCGUAAGAAGUGUCCGGAAUUGAGAAUCCGAGUGGUCAAUGUAACGGAUUUGAUGAUUCUGGAAGCGGAAACUUUGCAUCCGCAUAGUUUGACCCGCGAGGAAUUUAAUAGUUUGUUUACGGAGGAUAAACCCACUCAUUUCACUUAUCAUGGGUAUAGUAAUGAGAUUAAGGGAUUGCUUUUUGGAAGACCAAAUCUGGAGAGACUGAGUAUUGCGUGUUAUAAGGAGGAGGGAUCGACGACCACGCCGUUUGAUAUGAUGUUGAGGAAUGAGGCUAGGGGAGCGAAGGGGAAUAAAAAGGUGGCGUUGGAGAUGACGGGGUGGUUGGGGGAGAUUAGAGGGAGUAGGAGUAGAGUGGGAGACUACAUUUUGAGGGAGGGGAGGGAUCCCGAGGGGACUUUUGAUGUGCCGAAGUUUGAGGGGACGGUGUUUGGGAAGGAGGAUGUUGGGGGGGAGACGAAGGAGGGGGGGAAAGAGGAUGGAUUUUUUGUUAAUUAA